UCCAUCGCAGUGGAAGCGAGUUCGUGGUCAGUUUCUCUUCACACAUCUGUCGGAGCCGCCCGCUCCGGACGUCGUUUCUUUCCUCGGCUUCUGCCGGGAUCCUGCUUUCUGAAUGCUGCGUUAUAAAGAAGAAAAGCCCGUCUGUUCCCACAAUGGAGCUAUGCGUCGUGUGCGCGAGGACCGCUGUAGAUCUGUUCUUGUGAGGAGAGGGAUGUGUUCUUCAGGAUGGGCGCGAACAAUGGCAAACAGUGUGGAAGUGAAGGCAAGGCUAGCUCCAGUAUCUCCUCCGAUGUGAGCUCCAGCACUGAUCAUACGCCCACCAAAGCUCCCAAGAAUGUGGCUACCAGUGAAGAUUCGGACCUGAGCAUGAGGACUCUUAGCACUCCUAGUCCCGCUCUCAUCCUGAAGUCAAACCCUCCUCAAACGGUCCCAAACGGCAAUGAAACGUCUUCCCCGGUUUUUACCGUCACCGGUGAAACAGUGGCUCUGGUUCACCCUCCUCCAGGCUCUCGCUCACGGCCCUCCAGAGUCCCUCCGACCGCCCUCAUCGACAGCCUGCCCGAUCCCGUCUUACUCCAGGUGCUGUCCUACCUGUGCACCCCUCAGCUGUGCCGCUGCGCUCGGGUGAGCCGGCGCUGGUAUAACCUGGCCUGGGACCCGCGGCUCUGGAGCAGCGUCCGUCUGACCGGAGAGCUGCUGAGCGCCGACCGGGCCCUCAAGGUGCUCACCCAUCGCUUGUGUCAGGACACUCCUAACGUCUGUCUGACCCUGGAGAGGCUGGUGGUCAGCGGCUGCCGGAGGCUGUCGGACCGAGGGCUGCGUGUGGUCGCUCAGAGCUGCCCGGAACUGCGGCGUUUGGAGGUCGCAGGCUGCUAUAACGUGUCCAACGAAGCAGUGUUUGACGUGGUCUCCCAGUGUCCUAACCUGGAACAUCUAGACGUAUCAGGCUGCCCUAAAGUGACCUGCAUCAGCCUGACGGAGGAGGCGUCUCUACAGCUCACACCUCUUCAUGGACAGCAGAUUGGCCUGCAGUAUCUGGACAUGACGGACUGUUUAUCACUGGAGGACGAAGGCUUGAGGACCAUUGCGUUUCAUUGUCCUCGUCUCACGCACCUGUACCUGCGGCGCUGCAGCCGGCUAACAGACGAGGCCCUGCGACAGCUAGCACUGCACUGCUCUGCUUUACGCGAGCUCAGCCUCAGCGACUGCCAUCUGAUCGGAGACUUUGGCUUACGUGAGGUUGCUCGCCUCGAGGGCCAUCUACGCUAUCUGAGCGUGGCUCACUGUAUGCGCAUAACAGACGUUGGGCUGCGUUACGUAGCUCGCUACUGUCCGCGGCUCCGCUACCUGAAUGCACGGGGGUGCGAGGGGCUAACGGACCAGGGUUUGAGCCACUUAGCUCGCAACUGCCCCCGAAUGCGGUCUGUAGAUGUUGGCCGCUGCCCGCUGGUGUCGGACGCCGGGCUGGAGGUGCUAGCACGUUGCUGCGAAGGCCUACGAAGGCUGAGUCUGAGGGGCUGUGAGAGUUUGACAGGGAGAGGGCUCAUGGCGCUAGCAGCGGGAUGUCCCGAGCUGCAGUUACUAAACGUACAGGAGUGUGAGGUGCCACCUGAGGCCCUUCGACUGGUCCGACAGCACUGCAGACGCUGUGUAAUCGAACACACCAUACCUGCUUUCUACUGAGGGAGCAGGUUGGGGACGCCGGAGGUGUCGACCUCUGAAAAACAGGUGUUUAUACUUUUUGCAUUCCUACGACUGCCUGAUGAGAGGCAACGAUGUGGAUGUGUCUCAAAACCUAGUGCAGAGUCUUUCCUUGCAUUCUUUCCUUUCAUCCCGGAGGGUGGUAGGAGCUAAGAUGCAAGGAAAGAAACUGAGGAAAGGAAACAAGGAUGCACAAAUUAGAAUUGAUAUGAUGUGUUAGCGCCAACACACCUGACCGAAAAUAAUCUAUUAAUCCUGACUCUAAUUGGUUGGAGCUAAACUCUAGAAGACAGAGGGCUCCGAGGAACAGCACUGUUGCUGUUUCCUAACCCUAUUCCUGGAGGCAGACACACAGAAAACAUUUAUCCAUUUAUCAAUCCAAUUCAAGUCUAGGGGUCUCUAUUAUCAAGCAGAUGAAUUAGAUGAGUAAUUAUGAAGAGUUAAGAAAAAAUGGUACUGCAUCUUCACAAAAAGAUUUGGAAAACAAUCCGACUGAAAUUCUGGAGCAGGGGUGUCAAACCCUGGGUUAAGCCACAACACAUCUUUCCAGAUAUUUCUUGUAAUCCUAAAGACCUUGGUUAGCUUGUGUUUAAAGAAGAAGAGAUCACACCUACUGCAGAGUUUUAUAAACCUUUAGCUGGAGGCAACAUGUUGGAUGUCUUCUUUAUCUGACAGUUUGUACUAAUGAGCUGAUGAGUUGAAUCAACUAUGUCUGUUUAGGAUGAGUUAGCAGAUGAGUCUCCAUGAAAUGGAUUGGGAAACACUAGUCUUCUGCCUUCUGAAACUCUGGGGCAAAUCAUUAGUAUCAAACCUCACCUGCAGAGUUUAACAUUCCUGCCCAGAAGCUUCUAGUGAUCUUAAAGACCUUGAUUAGUUUGUUCAAAUGUAUGUAUUUUGGGUUGGAUCUCACCACUCACUAUCUCCUGCAUUGUUUUCCUACCUUGUUCCCAGAGGCACACCGAUAGUCUACAUUUUUGACGUCUUCCUUAUCUGACCUGAUCUGUUUCAUUUCUGGGAGUCUCUACCAGUGUUGAGGUGCAUUUGAUUAGGAAGAGUUGAAAAAUGUGUACUGUUUGGGAAACACUGGUGUCCUUCCAACUGAAAUUCUGAAGCAACUCGAUGUCAAACCCUGCUCCUGGAGGAUCACUGUUCUGCAGGGUUUAGCUCCAACUCACCUGCCAGGAAUGUUCUAGUGAUACUAAAUAUCAUGACAAGCUUUUUCAGAUGUGUUUAAUUCAGGAGAUAAACUUUACUGGAAGGUAGCCCUCCGGGAGCAGGAUAAAACACACCUCUGUUGAAAAAUCCAUCCUAUCCUGGUUAUACAUGUUUUGAAGCAUGGCUGCUUGGUUUGAACUGGUUUAAGCUGGUAAAAUGGCCAUGAGAUGGCUUAAUCUGGUCAUGUGGUGGUAAUGAGCUGGGUGGAGCUACACUGUAAAAAAAAAUUAGCAAAACUGGUAGAUAUGGUUGCCGGAAUUCAACCGCAAAAAAAAACGGUAACGUUUUAGGUUUUACAUUAAAUUUACAGUUAAAUUAUUUAAAUAACAGUUAAGUAAUUUCAUUAACUGAUAAAAUGUUAAUAUACCAACCCAUUAAAGUACUGAAAUCUGUUUUAAAUACACUGAUAGACACCAAAUACAGGUGGUGAUGAGAAAGUCACAUGAUGAACCAGAGCCCAUUCACAAGCAGCAACAAAUUCACACAAAAUUUGAAAUGCAAUGCAGGGGAUUCUGGGAAUGGCAGUUUUUUGGGAAUGGCAAGGUUUUACCUGUAAAAUGUACAGGAAUUGAAAUAUUUAACAGGUUUUUACUAUAGCAUUCAUGGUCAUUUUUUACAGUGCAGCUCAUGACUAGCUAAGAACUCUCUUAAACCAGCUCACAACCAUCUUGAAAGAGACAUAUCGUAAAAAGGUAAAAAGACUUUUCCAGGUUUUCAGUGCUAUAAUCCGACUCUUACCAACCAAGGAAAUGUGAAAAAGAUUAAUCCAGUAACUUUGUUUUGGUAAGUCUUUUUCUGCAAGCCUCUAAAAAAACAAUCAUGUCUGCCUUUGCUCCCUCACCGACGUUGAAAAGGGAUCUUAUUGUAAUAUUACCUCCCCUUAAUCUGUAAGUUUCCACCCACAGCACCAUCAUUUAGAUUUUGCAAGCGACAACAGUGUACAGUACCAGUUUUAAUGCCAUGGUGAAAGUUUGAGCAAGACACACUAACUGUUCUAGAUUUAGACAAUAUGUCUCAAGCUCAAACCCGUAGCCAUGCUUCAUAACAUACCUAACCAGCACAUGCUAGGACCUGACCUAGUGAGUUUCCUUGUCCCUGGAGGGACACCAACAGCGUGCAUUUUGGAUAUGUCCCUUAUCUGACUCAUGAAUUUGAAGUCUUAGAGUUAAUGAGUAUCAACUGUGCUCCACUAACAGGCCUGGGAAACACUGGCCUCCUGGUGCUACCUCGAGCACUUACAUGCACACUUAUCAGUAGCGUGUCAAAGGAAGAUCAUUAGAUUUUGAGACACAUCUUGUGUGCAAUGUUGCUUCUUGCAGAGCUGUACCAUGCUCUUUGUAAUUAAAAACUACAUGACAUAUAGCAUAAUAUUUAUCACAUGAAAGAGAUGCAUUAUAUUGUCACUGUACGUCACUAGUAAGCUGGUGUCUUCUGAAUUAUGUUUAUUUUGGGUUGCGUUUUCUACAAAAGCUCUUUGGCUUGUCAUCCAGAGUCCGUCUAUUACAGUACUUUUGAUAACAUACUAUUACUACUUGCUUUUUAAGUAGUGAUUAAGAUUUUUCUCUUUGGGCGAACUAUUCGUGAAGUAAAACUGAUAUCUGCUUUCAAGAGACCAUCUUGGUUCAAAAUAAAUAGAAAAAUAUGGGCAUUUGCACUUUAAAGGGCAUUACUGACAGAAUCUCAAAAUGAUCUAAAAGUCUUAAGUCUUUUAUCCCAGAUAACGCUAGUCAAGGAUUACGUGAGAUUUGUAAAGGUUUCAUUUUGUGAAAGCAAUAUGUUGCUGCUAAAAACACUCAAUAAAGGGCUACUUAUUUAAAA